UGCGCGCGGUGCCGAGAGCCCAGCCCUGCCCGGCGCGGCUCCGGAAAGCCGCCCGGGGAACUUAGGGCAACGCCUUUGGGACCCCCUACUGGUUGGCAGGCAGGAUGGUGAGCUCCUUGCCUCCGGGUCGGCGGACACCUGUGGGCAUUGUGGAUGCACAGGGGAUCCUUGCGGAGGCUGCCUAUGUUCCCCUCCUUCCCAGGCUGGCAUCCCCACCGCAGGCUUCCUGACCACAGGUGCUGGCCUCGUGCCCCAGGGCGCCUGUCUGCUGAUGUGCCCAGCUCCUGCCCACCAUGCCGCCCUACAUCUCGGCCUUCCAGGCUGCCUACAUUGGCAUCGAGGUGCUCAUUGCUUUGGUCUCUGUGCCCGGAAAUGUACUGGUGAUUUGGGCUGUGAAGGUGAACCAGGCACUUCGCGAUGCCACCUUCUACUUCAUCGUAUCCCUGGCGGUAGCUGAUGUGGCCGUUGGCGCCCUGGUCAUCCCACUGGCUAUCCUUAUCAACAUUGGGCCACAGACCUACUUCCACACCUGCCUCAUGGUGGCCUGUCCUGUCCUCAUCCUCACCCAGAGCUCCAUCCUGGCUCUGCUUGCUAUUGCUGUGGAUCGAUACCUCCGAGUCAAGAUCCCUCUCCGGUACAAGACAGUGGUGACUCAGCGGCGGGCAGCAGUGGCCAUAGCUGGCUGCUGGAUUCUCUCCCUUGUGGUAGGCCUGACACCCAUGUUUGGUUGGAACAACCUGAGUGUGGUGGAGCAAGAAUGGAUAGCCAAUGGCAGUGUUGGGGAGCCCGUGAUCAAGUGUGAGUUUGAGAAGGUUAUCAGCAUGGAGUAUAUGGUCUACUUCAACUUCUUCGUCUGGGUGCUGCCACCACUUCUGCUCAUGGUUCUCAUCUACCUGGAGGUCUUCUACCUGAUCCGAAAGCAGCUCAACAAAAAGGUGUCAGCUUCCUCUGGUGACCCCCAGAAGUACUACGGGAAGGAGCUCAAGAUUGCCAAGUCGCUGGCCCUCAUCCUCUUCCUCUUUGCCCUCAGCUGGCUGCCACUGCACAUCUUGAACUGUAUCACCCUCUUCUGCCCGACCUGUGAGAAACCCAGCAUCCUGAUCUACAUUGCCAUCUUCCUCACACACGGCAACUCGGCCAUGAACCCCAUCGUCUAUGCCUUCCGAAUCCACAAGUUUCGGGUCACCUUCCUGAAGAUUUGGAAUGACCACUUCAGAUGCCAGCCCAAGCCUCCCAUUGAUGAAGACCUCCCAGAGGAGAAAGCUGAUGACUAGACUCUGCCUUGCUCUGUCUAGCCCACACCCAGUGGCUCUCUGUUUAACCCUCAUGUCCUCCCUGUCCCCCCUGUCCCACUGUUCCUCCUCAGCUUUCCCAGCUGGGAUAUGGGCUGUGGACACCAGGGAGGCUCUGAAGAGAUACCGUGGAAUAGGGCUCCUUCUAUAAGAAGCUAGCUGCCCUGUACUUUGGGGACCUGGAGGAGGCUUGGAGGUGGGGUGGGCUAUGGCAGGGAACUGGGUACCCUGAGGUGAGAAGAGAGUCUUGUGUGCCCCAUUCAAGGCUGCUCUCUGAGCCAGGGUUAGAAUAUUCUGGCUCCUACAGUCAGACAGGGGAGCCUGCUAUUAGGUGUUGGUGGUCCAAGGGACCAACUUCAAGGAGAGAAAGACAGUCCCUUAGAGGUGGAUAGACAGAGAAAUGGAUAUGUCCCGGCUUUGCUGUCUCUCCUGUUCUAUAGGAGAAGAUAGUAAACCACAGGAAGGAGACCUCAGCCCCUCCUCCAAGGAUUGUGCCACUCAGGUCCUGACCCCGAGAAGCCCGAGGUUGUACUUGGGAGAGGCAGAGAGAAUGGGUCUAGGGAUUGUCUCUCACAUUUGCUUUUUUUACAGCCUGGGACUCCCAGUGGGCCGCAGGGUCCUCGGGGAUAAAAAUAGUGCAGAAGGUGCUUGUCUCAAGUAGCCAGCAGGGAGCAGCACUGAGCCCUUCUUGCCCUGAACUUCCUGGGAGUCUCCAAUGUAAUUUUCUGUUGGGGCCACCAAGAUUCAACAACUCUCAGAGCAGGCUUGGACUCUCCUGAGGGACAGCAUCUCUGCAUCUAAGCCCCGGGAGAAGAGAUUCCCCAGGAAGGACAACCCUUGGGAGCAUGCUGCCUGAGGGAGGGAGGAGGGGGAGGAAGGCAUCCAAGAAGAUCCCAGGCCAACCAUGGGCACCCCUGUUGUGAAGUGUGAAAAGCCAGAGCAGACCAAAGGAGACUGCUGUCUUCAGUAUGAGGAAGUGCCUUGCUGGCAUUUAAAUAUCCAAAACGUCCCUGGAGGUGGAUUUAGCUCAGAAGCUGUGUUACAAAUAGAGUGUAGGCUUUGGGGUGAGGGGGUCUCAGGUAGACCAAAUUUUACUCUGCUGAGCCUGGAUGUCUUCCUUGUAUGGACAGCAGGCAGAAGAGGGUGUCAGGUUCCCUCUUCCUUGGAGUGUGAAUAUUGACUCUAAGUCUUGAUUCCAGGCUCUUCCUUCAGUUGGAGGUAAGGUGUCCCUGGCUCUCAAGGAGGCCCCUAUGUCUAAUAAAAGAUUGUGAAACCCUGUGGAGAGUGGGGUGCUGGCACCCCAGCACUGUCAGAGGGCAACCAGACCACCUCAACGAAGAAGAUGUAAUGGUGGGGGAAGGGGAGAAGCUGGGAGAUGGGUGUGGAGACAGAUGGAACAAGGAAAGUUCCAGAGAUGGUGGGUCUGUUGCUAUAGUUACAGAUUUAGGGUGGCACAUUGUGAAUCAGAAAGCAAGAGCCAGAACACUCACAUGUCUAAAAAAAAUGCCCUGUGUCAUCUUGA